AUCCCGCUCGUGACGCUGGUGUGGGAGACUCCGAGCAGGCAGAGGCACAGGCGAGCAGCAAAAACAGUGAAGGUUUGUGGGUCAUGGAAGAGAGAGGCUAAAAAGGAGAGGACUUUUUCGCUCGGAGCCGCUGCAGAAGGACCGGAUCGGUGCUGGUCGGCCCGGGACUCGACCCAAAACACACCGGGAAAGAGCGACUGAACCCGGGGUUUCUCUGCAGCGCCUGCCUGGUGAGGUGUUUUGGGGUUCGCCUCUUCAGCUGUCGCCAUGGCGAUGCGGGACUUGGUGGAGGCAGAAUGUGGAGGGUCCAAUCCCCUGAUGAAGCUGACCGGUCACAUGACCACAGAGGGCGGGGCCUGGAGACACCGGUCCACACCGACAAUUCCUCCUGCUCCUAUUGAAAUCGCAACUGAGGAAGAGCUGGUGAAUGAGUUCCUCCAGGCUCCCCCACGACCGCCACAAACGUUUGAUAUGGGACAGCUCUUGGAGGAGAUGCAGCAGAUCGAUCAACAGAGCUACAGACAGGCGCCACAAAGGGCUCCAGACGUGGCAGCCCUGGCUCUCUCGGGUGACUGGGCGGCGGAGUUCCUCUCUGGGUCAGACUCGGCCUCCGCUCCCCUGGUGGCUCUGGGUGAUGCUUCUGAUGCUGACUGGACCAAAGAGUUUAUCGCUGACGCUGCAGAUCCGGGACGCUGGGCUGAGGAGUAUCUGGAGCAGUCUGAGGAGAAGCUGUGGCUGGGAGACCUGGGAGACAAGGAGAGCGAGUGGACAAAAGAAUAUCAAGCAGAAGAUUUGAGGCAAGCAGCAAAUGAACUUGUUGCCAAAGUUGACGACCCUAAAUUACAAAACACAGAGUUCCUGCGCUUCGUUAGGCAGAUUGGGGAGGGCAGUGUGACAGUGGAGAGCAGCACAGACAAACAUCUCACAGAUAAAGCUCAGGCCAAGGAGGCUCAGAACUGGGCCUCCAGCUUCAACCAGGUUUCCGAAGAGUCAGCAGAGGCCUGGGUGGACGAGUUUGCUACAGCAGGGCCAGAUUUCCAACAGGCCAAAGCAGCAGUCGAGAGUGAUGUGGAUUUCUGGGAGAAGCUGCAGGAGGAGUGGGAGGAAAUGGCCAAGAGGGAUGCAGAGAGUCAUCCCUGGCUGUCAGACUUUGAUCAAAUCCUCAGCUCCUCCUACGACAAGGGAUACCAGUUUGAGGAGGACAAUCCAUAUUUAUCCCACCCCGACCCUUUGUCAGAGGGCGUGAAGAGGAUGGAGGCGGGCGACAUACCUGGAGCCGUCCGCUUUUUCGAAAGUGCAGUACAGAAAGAACCAGACAAUCAGCUGGCUUGGCAAUAUCUGGGGACAUGUCAAGCUGAGAAUGAGCAGGAGUUUGCAGCCAUCAGCGCCCUCCGCAGGUGUAUUGAGUUGAAGAAUGACAACCUGACGGCUCUCAUGGCCCUGGCUGUGAGCUUCACAAAUGAGUCUCUGCAUAAACAGGCCUGUGAGACUCUAAGAGACUGGCUCAAACACAACCCCAAAUACAGAGCCAUUUGGGACCAGAGUGAACGAGAGCAGCAGAAGAAUGGAGCCAGAGACAAGGACAAAGAGAGGGAGAGGUUCGGUUCCCUGCUGCCAGAAUCCCUGUUUACAGAGGUGCAGUCUUUGUACCUCCAGGCCGCCAACUCUAACCCGUCGGAGGUGGACCCUCAGCUGCAGUGUGGGCUCGGUGUGCUGUUUAACCUGAGCGGAGAAUACGACAAAGCUGUGGACUGUUUCAGUGCUGCGCUCUCUGUUACUCCACAGGACUACCUCUUGUGGAAUAAACUGGGAGCGACUCUUGCCAACGGGAGUCGAUCAGAGGAGGCGGUGGCUGCGUACAGAAGAGCGCUCGAGCUGCAGCCGGGAUUCGUCCGCAGUCGCUACAACCUGGGAAUCAGCUGUGUCAACUUAGGCGCGCACAGAGAAGCGGUGGAGCACUUCCUGGAGGCUCUGUCGCUGCAGAGACAAGCGGCCGAGGAUGGGGCCAGAGCAGCGCGGGGGCCCGGGGUGGCUGCAGCUGCCCUCAUGUCCGACAACAUCUGGUCCACUCUGCGCAUGGCCCUGAGCAUGAUGGGAGAAAGCUCGCUGUAUGGAGCGGCAGACAAGAGGGACUUGGACACUCUGCUCGCUCACUUCUGUCAGAGAGAGGUGGAGGGAGCGCCCGAAUGAGGACUAAAGAGAGGAGGGACAAUUGAGUGCGAAUGUGUUUUAUUCAGUGGAAAAUGUUUGGGUACUCGGUCCAGGAUCAUCAUGAUUGUAAAGGUUUGGAGCAGAAGAAAGGACUGGGACUAGGACUAGACCAGGACUAGACCAGAACUGGGCUAAACCAGAUCUAGGCCAGAGACUAGACUAGACACAGCCUUUAAAGCUUGUGAAGCAAAGGAAAGGCUAGGGAUUUAUUCAUAACUAUACACGCACAACGUAUCAAAAUGACCGUAUUUUCCGCACUAUAGGGCGCUCUGGAUUAUAAGGCGCACUGUCAUUGAAUGGUUGAUUUUUUAAAAAACUUUUUUCACAUAAACCGCACCGGAUUAUAAGGCGCAUUAAACGAAACACAACAGUUAGAUAAGUCAGUCAAACUUUAUUUAACACGUUCACAAUAACUCUCAACUUUGUUCAGUUGUAACGUGUAAAAAAAAAUACUGUCUGAGACGCUAAAUUGUUAGUGUAUUCACAAUAACUCAUAAUUGUUCAAACAGUUGGGCGAUUACGGCGUCCAGCACACCCACAUCCCUCUCGUCAUUAUCCGCUGUCUCCCUGUCUUGGUGAAUGUGUGUUCUCCUUCUCUCAUCCACUGCUCCCACACAGCUCACAUUUUAACUUUAUAACAGCUUUGAGUUUAAAGUUGGCAUUGUAAACGUGUCUCUUGACAGGUGCAUUUUGAUAUUAAAAGGAAUCACAGUAUGUAUUACUCCACGAUGCUCCUGACUGCGGGUUCCGUAAUGAUGCAAGUGGUGUGGCUUUGUAGUUUACUAAAGUCGUACUAAGACACCCCAAUAAAUUCAUACAUAAGGCGCUCUGGAUUAUAAGUCAUUUUUUGAUGAAAUUAAAGGCUUUUAAGUACGCCCUAUAUUGCGGAAAUACGGUAGAACAAAACUGGAACUGAACGAUCUAAACCUAGACUAGGAGACCAGGAGAUCUAACUCUAAAGAUCUAAAUCUAGACUAGACCGGGACUAGACCAAAACUAAACUGUGCUCAAACUAGGACGCAUGAACACCUUAAAAGCUUGUGUGCAGAAGAAAAGGGUAAUUGCGUAUCAUAAUUAGAACUAAACUCAGAUUUAAACAGUGAAAAGGGGAGGAAUGUAUUUCACUCUAGCACACACACCAUACAUCAAAAUGGACCCUAAAAUGGGACUAAACCAGGACUAGAACAGGACAAAACCAGGUCUGUAUCAGGACUGAACUAGACCCAAACCAGGACUAAACCAAGACGAGUUUGAACGGAGCCUAAACUCUUGUGAAAGAAGAAAAAUGAAAAGAACCUGGAACUCACUGUGAUCAUAAGCUUAUGUUUUGUGUUUGGUCUCUCCUCGGAUCCUUGCACACCUGAUACAGCCGUUUAACAAAUCCUCAAUGAAGAACGUAAACAGAAUCAACAAGGAACUAAAUAAUAAAUGUUGUGGUUAAGGGCAGUACUGACAGGUGCCCACCCUCUUUUCUCUAACGGUAAGUACAAUAUUGUUACUGGAGAGAUUUUGAUACAGCUGUAAAUCGAUGACGCAAAGACACUAAUCACAUCGUACACUGUUCAUACAAGUGUGAACAUUUUCAGAUUUUAAUCAUUUGUUUUCCUAAUUAUUUCAGCCAAAACCAGACUGUUAUUAAUUGAUAUGUGGCUGUGUUUAAUUUAUACGCUUUUGGGAAGAAAUUGCAAUGUGUUACAAUGUUGAGGUAAUUGUUUUGUAAUUAGGUCUCCCAAUUUUUCAUAUAUUGCUCUUGUAAAGCAUUUUUGCUUCAUUAUCAUGUUAUGCGAUGAUGUGUAUUGUUGUAACAACUUGCUGCACUAUUGUUUUCAGGUCAUUUCCGUCCUGACAACAAUGUUUAUUAUACUAUUCAGCAAUAAAAUGUUGAUUUAGA